AUGACUCCGCAAGCCUUUAUUUCAAGCUAUGCUCCCCGUCUUCGAACUUAUGGAAAUUCCUUACUCACCCCCGUCCUUCCCCCAACCACCGCCCAAAAUGCUCCCUUGUCCCGAACUACGAAGCGUGGCACCAUAGCCAUCAACUACGCUGAGAACGAAUAUGAUGAUGAUGACAUCUUUGAGGAUAGCGAAGGUCCGAGACGGCAUACUGGUUUGCGAAGCAGGAGAGAAGACCCUAAUCAGGCGAACAAGGAGGGAUUCGCAGAGAAGCUAGGGAGAGAAAUACACGCGCCAGUCGAGGUCCAGGGAAUUUGGAGAGAUUGGAUGGGAAAGCUGAGAUCUGUGAAGACAGAUAAACAGCUCCAUGCGCCGACAGCACUACCACUGACCCUCAUACCUAUCCGAAUUGACCUCGACAUACCUCCAUAUACACCUCAUCCUGCCCUUCCGCUUCCACCAGAAUAUCACACUCUCAACAUCAAUCCAGCCCUGCCCGCUUACAGAACGCCCGAGCCGACACCAGCAUAUCGACUGAAAGACAUCUUCCUAUGGAACCUUCAUGAAACGUUGAUCACACCAGAUCAGUUCGCUACCAUCCUCAUCCAUGACCUUGACCUCCCGAAUGGGGCCGGAUUGGCUUUGCAAGUCAGCAAGCAAAUUCGGGAACAGCUGGAAGAAUACGCAGGCGUUGCGCUGCAUCCUCUAUUUCACUCCACAGACACCGGGGCCAGCAAUGGUAACGGACCCAAAGCAAUACAAGCUGCGAGGUCUCGGGACCAAUCAUCCACACCGGCUCCCACAGGCCCAAGCACACUUAGAGCGAACGGCGCCGACGGCAUCAACGGACAUGCCCCUCCAACCAAACAAUCUUCAAAAGACAUCACAGCCACCGCCUCCUCACAUCCCGCCUCUACAUCAAACGACGAAAAUGACCCUGAUGAUACAUACCGCUGCAUUGUAACACUCAAUAUCAAUCUACAGAACAAGCUUUACACCGACAAAUUUGAAUGGUCCUUGCUUCACCCAGUGGGCGUCGCUGAGCGAUUCGCAAAACAGACAUGCGCCGAUAUUGGUCUUUCUGGCGAAUGGGUACCUGCAAUGGCUCACGCAAUCUACGAGGCCGUACUACGCUUGAAGAAAGAGGCUUGCGAAAAUGGUGGCCUAGUGGGCGCGAUGAAUGGCUAUGGUGGGGGUAUUGACAACAUGGCUGCCAGUUCCGCGGAAGCAGGAUGGCGAUACGACAACGAGCACUUAGGAGAUGAGUGGGAGCCGAAGCUCGAACGCCUGUCGAAGGAAGAAAUUGAAAAGCGAGAAGGUGAUCGAGAGAGACAGCUUCGGAGAUUGCGGAGAGAGACGGCGCGAUUCUCGAGUACCACGAAUAUGGCGGGAGGAAUGCCGGCGCAGCCAAGUGGUUAUGGUAAUCAAGGGGAUGGCGACGAGACGCCUGCAAUGGGAAGAGGCGAGCGAAGUAAGAAGAAGAGACGAUUUAGGAGCUUGAGUCCAGUAGGAAGGGCGACUCCAGAUGUGGGCAACGCUGGGUAUGGCGGCGGAGGAGCUGGGAGUCUUAAUGAAUGGGAAAGAACGACGUGGAGAUGUUCGCACUGUUUAGUGCAUGGAUCUGCAGUCUGGGCUGUGAGAGACGGACCAAAUGGACCCAGAUCAUUAUGCAGCAAUUGCGGCCUCGCAUACGAGCGAGACAAAAGCCUACCACCCUGGGCGAAGAAUCUGCAUUAUGCCGAUAUCCCUGUUGGGCGGUGA